UUUUGGAAAGCAAAUUUACAGAGACUCCAAGUGAAGGGCUAAGUGGCAUUCUCCUUCUUUGAAGAGCUGUAAUCAUCCAGCAGGUACAGGGUACAGGACAAGCAGGGAUGAGUCACAAAAGGAACCUGCAUCUUCACACAUAAUUAUAUACUGCCCCUAUGGAAGAACACUGAAAGACCUAGUGGGGCAGGUUCUACCAGUUCUAUAUGCAAAACAGGGAAGAGACUGAAGGGGAGCACUGCCUAGGGAGAAGACAACCGGAAGAGGGUUAAUUCAAAGUGUGAUCCACCAACCAGCAAGCAAAAGCUUGUUAAAAAUGCUAAACUGCAAGCCCCUUCCCAGACUUCCGAAAUCGGAACCUGCAAUUUAACAAGUUUCCCUGGUGACACAGAUACACACCGUGAAUCGAAAGACCACGAAGAUUUCCCCGGAAUCUUUUUUUUUUUUUUUUUAAAGUUCCUCCCCAAAUCUUAAGCUUUUAAGAAAAGCUAUUAAGAUGAAGAAGAGCAUGAACGGCGAUGGAGAAUAAGAAGGGAAAGGUUUCAGAUUAGAAGGGCAAACUGGCCUGGAACCUCGAACACGAGCCAGCACAGGUGGACUGAGGCCACCAGCAUUUUUUUCCAGGUGCUGACCUGAACCUGGGCCAUCCCUUUUCGACCAAAACUGUUUACUACUUACGGUAGUAAAUAGCUGGGACCAGCCUGCCCAAUGGAGACACCUCCAGUCAUUCCAACGGGAGAGAGAAACAGCUCUCCACCGCCACAACAACGGGAAAAGAACGUUCUGGAUUCGCCUCAGAUUAGGCAGCAGCCCUCGGAACCACCUACUGAAAUCCUUGAGCCAAGAACGAGUCCAGAUCCAGCCAACCAAACUGUAGAGACUCUGCAAGGGACUGAGAAACUGACCGCGGGAGACUCUGAUCAGUCCCAUGGACCCGCCAGUGACGUAGCAGAGCCCCUUCUAACUUCUGCUGUGUGGCACUGCCCGGAUGGGAGCUUUGUUAAGAGGAUCCUAACCCCUGGCCAAGGCUUGGACAAACCCAAGCUGGGCUCCCACUGCCGGGUACUGGCUGUGGGGUUUCCACCGGGGUCAGGAAUGCCAGAGGGCUGGUCAGAGCUAACCGUGGGGAUAGGGCCAUGGAGGGAAGGAGUGUGGGGGGAGCUCACUGAGAAAUGCCUAGAGUCCAUGUGUCAAGGCGAGGAGGCGGAGCUGCGGAUCACUGGAAACUCUGGUCCUCCGGUCAGACUCACACUGGCCUCCUUCACUCAGGGACGGGACUCCUGGGAGAUGGAGGCCAGCGAAAAGGAGACACUGGCCGAGAGCGAGCGUGCCAGGGGCACAGAAUUGUUUCGAGCUGGGAACCCUGAAGGGGCAGCCCGCUGCUAUGGGCGAGCUCUGAGGCUGCUGCUGACUUUACCCCCACCUGGCCCUUCCGAACGAACCAUCCUUCAUGCCAACCUGGCUGCCUGCCAGUUGCUGCUAGGGUUGCCCGAUUUGGCAGUCCAGAGCUGCGACCGGGCCCUGGAGCGGGAGCCUGGCCACUUAAAGGCCUUGUACAGAAGGGGGGUUGCCCAGGCUGCCCUUGGCAACCUGGACAAAGCAACCGCUGACCUCAAGAAGGUGCUGAUGUUGGACCCCCAAAACCGGGCAGCCCAGGAGGAGCUGAAAAGGGUUAUCAUUAAGAGCAAGAACCAGGAUGCAGAACUGGCUCAGGGUCUGCGCAAGAUGUUUGAUUAAAAAAAUGAAACCUCUAAAGAGGCGCGAAUCUGU